AUAGUGACUGUGUAUCAAGCAACUUAACACAUAUUUAAAGGUGGACUUGAAGGUUUAGAGGGGAUAGUGCAGUGUUUUGGGAUGGUGUUACAGUGAAAUAUAGUGUCCAGGACGUAGAGUAGUAGCUAGAUGAACUAAAAAAGGUAUAUUCUUGAGUGUCAGCUGUCUGCAUUGUCAUGAAUAUAUAGCUGACAGCGACAAUAUACCACUGAGAGUCUUCUACUAGCCCAAAUAGCCACCAGUAUCCCAAGAUGAGCAACGUGCAGCGUAAACUAAUCAGGUGUUCAGAAGGAGGCGACGUAACAGGCGUGGAAGAAGCCCUUAACAACGGCGCAUGGAUAGACCAGGUAGAACGCUCCAAGGAUCCGUCAUGCAGUGGUCGUACGGCACUACACUACGCGUCGUGUAGAGGUCACCUGCCGGUCGUUCAGUUGCUCAUCCAGCGGAACGCCAGAGUGAAUGUGAGGAGUCAGCUGCCGGGUGAUUAUGGUGGAACGGCGCUUCACAUGUCGGCUCUACUGGGACGAACAAAGAUCCUAAGGGCACUGCUGGAUGGAGGAGCUAAUGGCGAGGUCACGGAUUACAAGGGUAAAACAGCAGUACAUUGGGCAGCUCAAGGGGGUAAAAUAAACUCCUUAAAAAUGCUUCAAAAUUACGGAUGUGACUUGGAAUCGCGGGUCGACGGGAAGACCAAUGCUGUACACUUCGCUGCAGCCUCGGGUGAAAUGGAAGUGGUUAAAUGGUUGGUAGAGUCUGGCGUGAAGAGUGACCUCAAGGAUACAGAGAGAAAGACCCCCAGUGACAUCGCUAAGAGUGAAGGCUUCAGAGAUAUACACAAGUACCUGAAGGACAGAGGAUCUAUUCGAAAGAAGUUUUUUAAUUUUAGAAGACCACGAAGCAUUCUUACAAUACACACAGACAGACAGAUAAUUCAAGAGGAUUCACAAUGGACAGACAGACAGGCCAAAAUAAACCUACGAAGAACUCAAUCUGUCGGAAUACGUACAAGACGGAAGGAUACGCCACACAAUGAGUUAGUCGACUCCCCAAGCGUAAACUCCUGGGAAAUGGCACACCUGAGUAGCCCUUCCCCCUCCUCGGCUCCAGAUAACGACACCUACGUCAGAAUUGUCAACACCCCCCAGAACAGAAUACCAACACCCAGGGAACACGUAGAAGAAACGAGGUUAACUUGUGAUACCUGUGACCACCAGCAGGAGAGUAUGGGGGAGGGACAGAACCAGGAACAACACUGGACGAGGGAACAACUCCUUACCCCUCACCACCAACGUCACACUCUGGAGGGUUUGGAGGAGGAGGUGAAGGAACUGAGGACCAGACUCGAGGGUGAGCAGCGAGGUCGUGCUCAGGAUAAGGUAGAGAGUGACCACACGGUAGCUGCACUCACCUCCAAGCUCGACCAGACUGAGGAAGGGUUCGACCAGGCCAGGAAGGAACUCGACCAGGCAAGGAAGGAACUCGACCAGACCAAAGGACAGCUCGACCAGACCAGGCAAGAGCUCGACCAUACCAGAAAGGAACUCGACCAAACCAAAGGACAGCUCGACCAGACCAGGCAAGAACUCGACCAUACCAGAAAGGAACUCGACCAUACCAGAAAGGAACUCGACCAGACCAAAGUACAGCUCGACCAGGACAAGCAAGAGUUCGACCAGACCAAAAAUGAAUUCGACCAAACCAGUGAACAACAACACCCAACCAACCACGAGAAUGAACCUAACGAACCGCUCAACGAAAUCAGGUUGAGUUAUGCCCAGAUAAAACAGAGACUCGAGCAGACCAAACAACAGAUAAACCUCACCAAACAACGCUAUUACCACAAUCAAACCAAGGAACAACCCGAUCAAGCCAGAGAACUACAUAACGACAUCCAACAAGAGGUAGACCAUUCGGAACAUAGAGGAAACAAGUCAAAGGUGUUGACGCCCUCUGGUCUACCUAACCUGGGCAACACCUGCUACAUCAACUCCAUCAUCCAGUGUCUCUUUAACAUUACCACCCUGAGGGACUACUUCACACAGGACACAUACAGAGAACAUGUGAACAGUGAGAGUGAACAGCGAGGGGAGGUGGCAGAUAUCUUGGCCCGUGUGUUCAAGGCUGUUAACUCCGGAGAUCAAGAGAAAAUCAUGGAAACAAUAAACAAAUUCAAGGUAGUUGUUGGUGACCUUAACGAGGACUUCCGGGGGUCACAACAGCGCGAGGCUCAUGAUCUGCUCGCUGACCUCCUGACCUGGCUACACAACGACCUCAUGGACGCCAGCGGUUCCUCCUUCGUCUCCCAGCACUUCCAUGGAGAGCUGGAGUCUGUAUUCCUGUGUAGCCGCCCUAACCCGAAGGAGCCUCAGGUGAUCUCCUGUAGUAGGGAGGUCUUCAGCAACCUUAGUCUCCCCGUCACCUGUGGGAAAAUUAGUUCAUUACAGAACUUGGUGGAGAGUCACUUCAAGAGCCAGAUGAUUGAGUGGGACUGUAACUACUGCGGUGAACAGCAUCCUUGUCUCCACCAGUCACAGAUUGUCGACUUCCCACCUGUCUUACUUAUACACCUCAGCAGGUACAACAAUCAGAACUCAACGCUGAAGAAGACCCGAGUUGUGUUCCCUUCAGGAGAUCUUAUCCUCCAGGGGCGAGAGGGACUAAGCCCAAGGUACGAAUUACUUGGUGUAGUAAACCAUCGAGGGACAACUACCUCCGGCCACUACACCGCCUACUGCAGGAGCCUUCAAGACAACACCUGGCGCCUCUACAAUGAUGACACCGUCCAAAACACUCACCUGGACAUAGUGCUGGACGGGAUUGACGCUCAUAUCCUAUUCUACACACAGACAACACAAUCAGAGGCCCUUUAUCUAAACAUGAGGAGUGCCAAGACUGGGGAUGCAGCCGGAGUAGACGUGGCACUCCAGCAAGGUGCCAGGGUGGAUCUGGUGGAGGAGGACUUCUCAGGAGGUAAAGAAGGGGGAAGAGCCGCCCUCCACCACGCCUCAGAGAAAGGUCACCUGGACGUGGUCAACCUCUUACUCGAUUUCAAGGCUAAAGUCGACAUCAUGAGUAAGAUGAACAAGGAUUAUGGUGCGACCCCGCUACUCCUGGCCUCCGGGGCGGGUCACACACAUGUAAUGGAACACCUGUUAAGGGCAGCUGCUAACAAGGAAGCUGAGGACGACAAAGGCAAACGGGCGGUGCACUGGGCAGCUGCUCAGGGACAACUCGACGCCCUGAAGCUGCUCAAGGUCUCCGGGUGUAACCUUCAACCUAGAUCCAACUCCGGCGCCACCGUCCUACACUACGCUGCUCUUGACGGAGAUCUCAACCUCGUCAGGUGGUUGGUGGCUAAUGGCGUCAAGUGUGAGGUCAAGGACAAGAGGAAUAGUUUGGCCAAGGAUGUGGCCAAAAAACACGGCCACCCGGAUGUACACCGGUACUUGAAGGAUCAAAGUCCUAGCAAAGGAGGAUUUGGCAAGUUUAUAAGAUCACCACUGAAGAGUUCGUCUGGACGCUUCAAGUCCCACGACGAACCAUUAUUUACAAGAGGUCAUUCAGGGAGGAAAGAGACGUCUAGACCUGACCUUCACUUGAGGGAGCAGCUGCCGUCGACGGGGUUAGGAACUGCAAGCUUCGAAGAGAGGGACCUGGAAUCCCUGAACCCUGAUAACACAGACCUGGCUACCGACUCACACCUCACACCCCCUCAACCAUCCAGCUCACACACCCGACCUACAAUGACACCAAUGCUGACGACACAGCCGAUGUCAUCACCUUUAGGAACUUCCCCAGGACAUGAAUUUACUCGACAGACACACAGUCACACAGAUCCCCCAUUGCUAGCUGCUUAUAUUGGAGGUGACUUGGGAGGCUUUGAGGACAAACGUUCAGGCUCCAAGCGGUUACUCUUCAACAGGAAAUCCACACGGAAACACCAGCUGAGAGACAUGGAAGAAAUUGUCGUGAUGCUCAAGGACUCACUAACGGCGAAAGAGAGACAGAACUCUCAGCUACAGAAUGACUUAUCCCAGACGGAGCAUCAGAAGAUCGCGGCGGAACAACUGGUGGAGACGCUACGCCACCAACUCCUGCAGCAGCACCGAGAACAACAAGACCUACGGCAGCGCUUCCUUCAGUUGACUCACCAAAAUAAUGAAUUUAGGCGGAAAAUAGAACAACUCGAGAGGAGGCAGAUAGAUAUGGUCACCACAGACAGCACCAAGGAUGAGACCAUCUCAACUUGUGACUCUCAUAUACAGGAACUGACCAGAAUGUUGAGUGAGAGUCGGGAUCAAUUAGCUGCCUACCAGAGCCAGAAGUUAGACCGUGAGACACAGUACCAUCAUCAAGACUCAGCCAACAGACACACAAUCGACACGUUGGAGAAGGAGGUUGAACGUCUCUCUCACCUGUUGAGGGAAAAUGAGGAAAAAUACCUCCUCCACUGUCAGGAAACCACCAACGUUGCCAAGAGAGACGUGUCUGUAGCGGAUAAAUUGGCAACACUGUCUACAGAGGUGGAACAUUUGACCUUUAAACCUGAUGAAGCGAGCAGGGGGCAGCAGGGGAGAAGGACUGAUGAUUCUCUAGAACAAGAAAGACUGAAGAACACUGUAGAACACCUGGAGCAGAACCUGAACAAGAUGUCGAACGAUGUGAAGCAAUACGAAAAGAUGGUCAUCUGUUACAAGGAUCAACUGAGAAACAAGGAGAGAGAACAUAAGGAGAGAGAGACCGUGUUGAAGGAGGAGAUGGAGCGUCUCUCUCAAUCUCUCCAGCGUGAGAGAAACAUCACAAAGCAGCAUCAGGAACAGACACAACAGCUUCUACAACACGCUGCAGCUGACGAGAAGACCAUCGAUGACCUCAACAACAAACUCAUAGCGAGGACAACGAGGAUGAAGGAAUACGAACAAUUCAUCUCCUCACAUCAGGAUCAGUUCCGAGAUAAGACAGCAUACGGGAAGAGGGAAGUUGCGAACCUGCAGGCGAUAACUUUUCUGAAGGAAGAGGUGGAGCGUCUAACACAGAGCCUGGAUGGUGAAAGGCCGGCAACCCAGACGAGACAGGAUAAGAAUAUCGAGGAACUCAUCAGCAGGAUGGAGACAGAACAACACGAGAGACAGAAGGAGAGAGAGAACAGCGAUCAUGAGAUUGCCCGUCUCACCUCUCUCCUGGACGAGGCGAAGCAAAAGCUGGCAGAACAGUCAGUCGCCACCACCCCUACUAGACACAGGAGGCGUCAAGGAUCUUACAGAAAGACCGAGCUCGAUUCCGUGGUGGUGAUGCCUUCCGGUCUACCUAACCUGGGCAACACCUGCUACAUCAACUGUGUCAUCCAGUGUCUCUUUAACAUUACCACCCUGAGGGACUACUUCACACAGGACACAUACAGGAGGGAGCUGAACCGUAGUAGUGCGCAGAAGGGGGAGGUGGCCUUAGCCCUGGCAGGAGUCUUCAAGGCUCUACACUCAGGCGUCGAGAAGGAAAUACUUAAAAAAAUCAACCGACUGAAGACUGUUGUUGGCGACCUUAACGAGGACUUCCGGGGGUCACAACAGCGCGAGGCUCACGACCUGCUUCUUGAACUCCUGAUCUGGCUACACAACGACCUCGUGAACGUAAGCGGGUCGUCCCUAGUGAGUGAGCGCUUCCAGGGGAGUCAGGAAUCUAUCAUCAGGUGUGACAGGUACCCAGAGGAGACCAUCUGUCGCACACAAGAGCCCUUCACUUGUCUCACUUUGGCCGUCAACCAGUGUUGUUCUUUACAGGAACUGGUUGAGAAUCACUACAGGAUACAGAAGUUAGAGUGGGACUGUCAGUUCUGCAGUCACACCCACCUAUGUCGCCACACCACCAGGAUCACCCGCCUACCGCAGUUCCUUAUCUUCCAUUUGAGCAGGAACGACAUUCAGAGUACAUGGGGGAAGAAGAUCAACGUCACCUUCCCACAAGACCAGUUGAGUCUACAGGAGUACAUGAUGCAGCCAAACCAAAGCCCAAGGUACGAAUUACUUGGUAUAGUGAACCAUCGAGGGACAACUACCUCCGGCCACUACACCGCCUACUGCAGGAGCCUUCAAGACAACACCUGGCGCCUCUACAAUGACGACACUGUCCAUAACGUACACCCCAACACAGUGAUGAACGGGAGUGACGCCUAUAUACUUUUCUAUUCACAAAUGAAAUAAGUUACUUGUCUUCAGAGUUCAUCUUUACAAAUUGUAAGGGGAGAAGUUAUUGUAAGUGUAAGUGUGUACGUGUGUGUGUGAUAGGUAGGUGGGUGUGGUAAAUAUGUAGGUGGGUGUGGUAGUGUGAUGGUUGGAUGGGUGUGGUUGUUGUAUGGAUGUGGUAGAUUGAGGAGUAGACAAUUGGGUGUUAGUACAUCCAUUACAAAGAAGCAACAGUUGUAGUUUUACCUAAGCUUCUGUAUGGGUUCAGUAUUAUCAUCAUUUCAUUUAGCUCGUGUAAGUAGAUCCCAUAAGGGGCAAUAUAGCAGGCACUGUACUCGACCACCUUCACUCCCUCAACAGUAAAGUCCAGUUGCACUGUGUGUUUCCUGGUCACAAAACAACAUAACUUUAGCUUAGAAGUAGUACACUGUCUUCACUCAGCUGCAUCACACCUUAUUUAACUGGAAUUAUUAUCUUAAAAAUAAUAUUCAUUACCAUAGAUCGUUUUAUCAUUGUUCAUGUAAAAAAAAAUAUUGGAUUCCUUUAGAAAAAUAAACAAGAUUUCCUGUAUAUAAAUUUAAGCAAUCCAGGAUCAAAUGCCAUGUAAAAUAAUUAAUCAUAAAUAAAUAAAAUGUUACGUUUAA